UCCAAAUUUUUCAAUAUUUGAAGCAGCUCAUUUAAACCAACCGCUACUAUUGCUCUAACCCACGAGGUGAAUGCACGGUUUUCAAUUUACCUUGACGGCACCACCUACUGUUCGACACUUUGCAAAAAUGCAACCCUUGAAGGCUUGAACCCAGAAAAAUUCAUACUUUCCAAAUUGAUGGCUUUCCAAAUCCAACUUAUUUCCAAACUAUCUCCAAUUAUCCAAAAACCCAUUCUCAAGAUCAUCCUACUUCUUCUCCUCUUUUCUCUCUCCUACCUAUUUGGCUCCUUCUCCACCACCACCACCACCACCAUCACCACUGCCGCAACUUCCACCGCCACCUGUACAACCCACCUCAAACAAGACAAAGCAGAGCACUCUGUUUCCCGCAACCUCGACUUCACAACCCAUCACUCCUCUGAAGUUCUCCCUCUUCCCAUAAUCCACCAUCAACCCAUCAAAAUCUGCCCCCAAAACUUCACAAAUUACUGUCCAUGUCAAGAUUUAACACGCCCGAAACUCUUUUCUACAGAUAGAUACUUUCAUAGGGAGAGGCAUUGUCCUCAAUAUGAUUAUGAGAAGCUCCGGUGCUGUGUUCCAAAGCCACCGGGUUAUCGGCCCCCGUUUCGAUGGCCGAAGAGCAGAGACACGGCGUGGUUUAGCAAUGUUCCUUCAAAGAAACUGGCUGUUUCGAAGAAGAAGCAAAAUUGGGUUCGGUUGGAAGGUGACCGGUUCAUUUUUCCCGGUGGUGGGACUUCUUUUCCUAAGGGUGUUAAGGGUUAUGUUGAUCUUAUUAAGCAACUUUUGCCUUUGAAAUCUGGGCGUAUUCGUACUGCUCUUGAUGUUGGAUGUGGGGUGGCUAGUCUUGGAGCUGCUUUGUGGGAUUACAACAUCGUAACAAUGUCGAUUGCACCAUUGGAUGUACAUGAAGCUCAGGUGCAGUUUGCACUGGAAAGAGGACUUCCUGCUAUGCUUGGUAUCCUGAGUACCUACAGGUUGCCAUAUCCAUCAAGGUCUUUUGAGUUAGCUCACUGUUCCAGAUGUCUUGUCCAAUGGGCUGAUUAUGAUGGAUUAUAUUUGUUGGAAGUCGACCGAGUUCUUCGUCCUGGUGGUUAUUGGAUAUUAUCAGGCCCACCUAUUGGUUGGAGGGUGAGCUACAAAGCAUGGCAGAGAUCAACUGAGGACUUGAAAAAGGAGCAAAUGGCUUUGGAAGAUCUUGCAAGAAGAAUGUGCUGGAAAAAGAUUGCUGAAAAAGGACCUAUUGCAGUGUGGCAAAAGCCAACAAAUCAUGUUCAUUGUGCACGCAAUUUAAAAACUUGGAAUUCUCUUCAUUUCUGCAAGGACAGUGAACCAGACUUUGCUUGGUAUAGAAAGAUGGAGCCAUGCAUUACUCCUCUUCCUGAUGUGAAGAGUAUCAAACACACUGCUGGAGGAACCCUUGAAAAGUGGCCUAAGAGGUUAAAUGUUGUGCCUCCUAGAGUUUCUAGCUCUAGAAUUAAAGCAAUUACCUCACAGACCUUCAAUGAAGACAACCGAUUGUGGAGAAGAAGAAUUCAGCAUUAUGGAGGUGUACUUAUUUCUCUCUUCAAUGGAGGUUACAGGAACAUUAUGGAUAUGAAUGCUGGCUUAGGGGGCUUUGCUGCUGCGUUAUCUCCCUACCCUCUCUGGGUCAUGAAUGUCGUCCCUUUUGAUUCAAAAAAUAAUACACUUGGGGUUAUUUACGAGCGUGGUCUAAUAGGAAGUUACAUUAAUUGGUGUGAGGCCUUCUCAACAUAUCCUCGGACGUAUGAUCUGAUACAUGCUGAUGGUGUAUUCAGUAUGUACAUGAACAAGUGUGAUGUACUUGAAAUACUCAUGGAGAUGUAUAGGAUUCUUCGACCUCAUGGUGCGGUUAUAGUGAGAGACAAUGUGGAUAUCCUUGUUAAAGUCAAAGACUUGAUGAAAGAUAUGGGUUGGGAAGGCAAACUAUCCCAUAGUCAGCGUGGACCUUUAGACCCAGAGAAGGUGCUCUUUGUUGACAACACCAAUAACAUUAACAUAUGAUGUCUACUUAUACACGUUACAUUACAGGCGACCGACUGACCACCUUAGGAUAUGUGGUUCAGAGAAACAAACAAAACCUUCGUCAUUGAGAAGGUUGGGAGGCGUAAAGGUUAGGCGAUACGUUAUAUGAAAAGUAAUUUAGGGAAAAUGUCAAUAUCAUUAGUAUUCUGUGUAUCUAUCUAUGUAAUUUUAUCAGUAUUCUUACUACUAUUACAUAGAUUAGGAAUAUCAAUAUCAUUACGAAGUAUUUAUGUAAUAGUAGUAAGAUAUAUUUCAUAAGCUAGCAAGUUUGUGCACCUCCAGGAAAAAAGGGUGUCAAAUAGCUGUAAGAAAUGUUGUCAAAGCUCGAAAAACUUGGGUGGUGUCACGCUUUGGCCCGGCUUGUGCUGGGCUAUGUUACUUGGACUCCGGGUACAAGUGUCGGACACGGGUACAUAUCUAAGUGUCCGACUCGGCUAAAUUGCGAAAAAUUUCUAGGAUUUAAGUCGAAAAUGAAGUGUCGGAGUGUCGAGGAUCCGACACGGGUACUUGAGGUAAAAUGAAGAGUUGGAGUAACAUAGGUGCUGGGUUUUGCUUUCAUUACGCCAUGUUGUAUUUGAUUUCAAUAUGGUCAAUGCAAAAUGAAAAUCUUUACUAUCUAAA